AAGAUGGCGGGAGGGCGGCUCUGAGGAGAUCUCGGCGGCGGCGGAGGAGGAGAGAAGCGCCGCUCCGCGCAGCGCCGGGGCUCAUGUGGGGAGGAGUCGGAGUCGCUAUUGCUGCCGCCGCCGCCUGUAGCUGCUGGACCCUAGUGGGAGUAAGGGGGAAACGGCAGGAUGAAGUUCGCCGAGCACCUUUCCGCGCACAUCACUCCCGAGUGGAGGAAGCAAUACAUCCAGUAUGAGGCUUUCAAGGAUAUGCUGUAUUCAGCUCAGGACCAGGCACCUUCUGUGGAAGUUACAGAUGAGGACACAGUAAAGAGGUAUUUUGCCAAGUUUGAAGAAAAAUUUUUCCAAACGUGUGAAAAGGAACUUGCCAAAAUCAACACAUUUUAUUCAGAGAAGCUUGCCGAGGCUCAGCGCAGGUUUGCUACACUUCAGAAUGAGCUCCAGUCGUCACUGGAUGCUCAGAAAGAAACCACUGGUGUUACCACGCUGCGGCAGCGCAGAAAGCCAGUCUUCCACCUGUCCCAUGAGGAACGUGUCCAACACAGAAACAUUAAAGACCUUAAACUGGCCUUCAGCGAGUUCUACCUCAGUCUUAUCCUGCUGCAGAACUAUCAGAAUCUGAAUUUUACAGGGUUUCGAAAAAUUCUUAAAAAGCAUGACAAGAUACUGGAAACAUCUCGUGGGGCAGAUUGGCGAGUGGCUCAUGUAGAAGUGGCCCCAUUUUAUACAUGCAAGAAAAUCAACCAGCUCAUCUCUGAAACUGAGGCUGUAGUGACCAAUGAACUUGAAGAUGGUGACAGACAAAAGGCUAUGAAACGAUUACGUGUCCCCCCUUUGGGAGCUGCUCAGCCUGCACCAGCAUGGACUACUUUCAGAGUUGGCUUGUUUUGUGGAAUAUUCAUUGUAUUGAAUGUUACUCUUGUGCUUGCCGCUGUAUUUAAACUUGAAACAGAUAGAAGUGUGUGGCCCUUGAUACGAAUCUAUCGGGGUGGCUUUCUUCUGAUUGAAUUCCUUUUUCUACUGGGCAUCAACACAUAUGGUUGGCGACAGGCUGGAGUAAAUCAUGUGCUCAUCUUUGAACUUAAUCCAAGAAGCAAUUUGUCCCAUCAGCAUCUCUUUGAGAUUGCUGGUUUCCUUGGGAUACUGUGGUGCCUGAGCCUUCUGGCAUGCUUCUUUGCUCCAGUUAGUGUCAUCCCCACAUAUGUAUAUCCACUUGUCCUGUAUGGAUUUAUGAUUUUCUUUCUUAUCAACCCUACCAAAACUUUCUACUACAAAUCCCGGUUUUGGCUGCUUAAACUGCUAUUUCGAGUGUUCACAGCCCCUUUCCAUAAAGUAGGCUUUGCUGAUUUCUGGCUGGCCGAUCAGCUGAACAGCCUGUCAGUGAUACUGAUGGACCUGGAAUAUAUGAUUUGCUUCUACAGUUUUGAGCUUAAAUGGGAUGAACGUGAGGGCCUAUUGCCAGAUGAUUUAAAAGGGUCAGAAAUUUGCCACAAAUAUUCAUAUGGUGUGCGGGCCGUUGUUCAAUGCAUUCCCGCCUGGCUUCGCUUCAUCCAGUGCCUGCGCAGAUACCGAGACACAAAAAGGGCCUUUCCUCAUUUAGUUAAUGCUGGCAAAUAUUCCACAACGUUCUUCACGGUGACGUUUGCAGCCCUUUACAACACCCACAAAGAGCGAGAUCACUCAGACACCAGGGUGUUCUUUUACCUGUGGAUUAUCUUUUGCAUCAUCAGUUCUUGCUAUACCCUCAUCUGGGAUCUAAAGAUGGACUGGGGUCUCUUUGAUAAGAAUGCUGGAGAAAACACCUUUCUCCGGGAAGAGAUUGUCUACCCCCAAAAAGCCUACUAUUACUGCGCCAUCAUUGAGGAUGUGAUACUGCGCUUUGCUUGGACUAUCCAAAUCUCAAUCACCUCUGUACGCUCACUGCCUCACUCUAGUGACAUCAUCGCAACUGUCUUUGCUCCUCUUGAGGUUUUCCGGCGAUUUGUGUGGAACUUCUUCCGUCUGGAGAAUGAGCAUCUGAAUAACUGUGGUGAAUUCCGUGCUGUGCGGGACAUUUCUGUGGCCCCCCUGAAUGCAGAUGAUCAGACACUCUUAGAGCAGAUGAUGGACCAGGAUGAUGGAGUACGAAACCGCCAGAAGAACCGGCCUUGGAAGUACAGCCAGAGCAUAUCCCUGCGCCGGCCUCGCCUCGCUUCUCAAUCCAAGGGUCGUGACACUAAAGUAUUGAUAGAAGACACAGAUGAUGAAGCUAACACUUGAAUCCUCAGAAGUCUAGAUUAACAUCCUUGGUUUUCCUUCUCAAUUCUUUCCUCGACCAACGCAACCUCUAGUACCUUUCCAGCUGAAACAGAAGACACAUGACACAUUUUCCGAGCUCUUCCAGAUCGGAUCCUAUGGACUCCAAACAAGCUCACUGUGUUUCUUUUCAUUUCUUCUGGUUUAAUUUUAAUUUUCUAUUUUUAAAACGAAUAUUUACUUCAUUUUGCCAAUCAGAGGACAUUUUAAGGAACAAAAACAUAGCAUCCUAUGGAUUGUUUACAAUCACCAGGACACAGAUACCUAUCAGGAUGAUGAACAGGACACAAAGACCUUCUGAUGGGACACUACUGAGAUAUCUCGACUUCCGCUUGGCCCGGUUUUGACUGGUUGAAACCGGACAUUGGUUUUUAAAUUUUUUUGUCAGUUUAUGUGGAGAAUUUUUUUUCCUUUCCUUCAUACCCAGCGCAAAGGCACUGGCCGCACUUGCAGGGAAAGUGCAACUUAGAGCAGUACCUUCAUUCACGAAGCUACUUUUUAAUUUGAUGUAACUUUUCUUACUUUGGGGAGGGUUGCUGGGUGGGUGGGAAAUCUGAUGUAUUUGUUACAUAGAGUUUUCUCAUUAUUUAUGAAACUUAACCAUAAGCGAAUGCUAUGACUCCUGUGCAAUGAAGUGAUGACAGUUGAAAGAAGGCAGG